AUGCCGAACCCACGUGUGUAUCUCGAUAUAGAAAUCAACAAAAGCCCUGCAGGCAAGAUCGUUUGCGAGUUGUUCGCUGAUACCGUGCCGAAGACAGCUGAAAACUUCCGGCAGUUCUGUACGGGAGAGUCGAAAAAGGCGGCAGGGGGAAGCUACGAAGGGUGUCCUUUCCAUAGGAUCAUUCCCGGUUUCAUGAUGCAAGGCGGAGACUACGAGAGAAAGAACGGCACUGGAGGGCGGAGCAUCUACGGUGGCAAGUUUCCGGACGAGAACUUUACGCAUCGGCACACCGGACGGGGGUUGCUCUCCAUGGCAAAUGCAGGCAAGGACACGAAUGGUAGCCAGUUUUUCAUCACGUUCGCGCAAACGCCUUGGCUUGACGGGAAGCACGUCGUUUUUGGGAAAGUUGUUGAAGGGCUCGAGGUCCUUGACAAGGUCGAGGCUGUAGGGAGUCGCUCGGGGACACCCACCGCAAGUGUGGUGAUCGCAUCCUGUGGCCAGCUGUGA